AUGCAACUGCAAGACGAAGGCACACCGUCGUUCGCAACACAACCAGCCACCACCACCACCACCACCGUCUUCGAACUGGCGAACAGCGACAGUUUUGACCGUUGCUUUUACGGAGAACUUCCCGGAUAUGGACAGCAAGUAAAAGAAAAGGCACAGCUCAGAUCUAACCCCGGUUGUGCUGCCGUUGGGAUUUCCGAUAUCGGAACUAUACUCCGUAGUGGAAAUUCUGCUUCACUGGUAUGUACGGAGCCCAGGAAGCAGGAGGACAUGCCCAUUUCUAGGGCAGAAGAACUAAGCUAG